GCGUACUGUCACGUGUACAAUUGUAUCGUAUGUUGAUCCGACAUAAUCAGUACACUGUCAGUCGGUCGCGUAUGUUUUACGCCGAUAUGUCCGUAGCGGCGUACUUCAAGAAUUCUUGCAACUCUCGAACGAAAAUGUAAAGACGUUUAUAAUUUUUUUGCAUUGUAACAUACACACGCAUUAGAAUCCGAUUAGAAUCCCAGUAGAAAUGUUUUAAAUAAGCAUUAGUUCUUUUAUUUUUCUUGUGAAACGGCUCGCCUGAGUUUUGACAUUUUAUGCAUUAUCAGUUUGUUCUUUUCUUUUUUCUGGAUACAUUUGAAGAAAAUAUUUUUUUAUAAAGCUAGUGAAGAGGAAAUUUUAAUGAUAAAAGUAUAUCUAUAUCUGUACAACAGUUCAUUUUUAAUAGUUAUAUUUACAAAAUAUAAUUUUUAUCAUGAGACCACAGAAUUAAUAAUCCAAAAUUGAAGGAGAAUCACAUUGAGAAAUCUGGCUAAAAAAAUUUAACUUUCAUCUUUAAUAAAUAACAUAUGUAUAUAUAUGUAAUUAAGAAUUCAGUUUAAUAUAAGAUCUCAAUGUUGAAUAUUUGUUAAAUCUUAUCUAAAACAUUAAUUCAUCAUGUCGGAUAUCGAAGAAGACGAGUUUCAAGAUGCUCACGAAUCUUUACCACAGCCUACUACUAUGGAUUUGGAUACGGCAAUUAUGGAGGCAAAAAAAGCGAUACAUUAUUUUUUUAAUAAUGAUUUUGAAGAAGCAAGAAAAAUUAUGGAACCUUGGGCAGGCAGUAGCAUGUAUCAUUCUUUAGGAACAAGUAUAUUUGCAUUCCUCGAGGCUAUUCUGACAUUCGAACAAAAAUACAUUGAAAAGGCAGCUGGAGCUGUAAAACAGUGCAUGACUGUGUGCUUGAAGCAACGUAAACAUGUUACACUAACACAAAAUAUUGGCAAAAUGGUGAAGAAGACUAAUUAUGAUGCUUAUACAAUUGAGGAAAUACACGCGGAACUCUGUUAUGCUGAAUCACUUUUUUUAAAAUCGAUGCUCACGUUUGUGGAGGAUGAGACUUUGGUUAGCUUUGUUAAAGCUGGAUUGAAAAUUCGUACCUGUUUUUUGUCAUAUAAAGAAUGUUUAACAAUUUUAAAUAAUCGUAAAUGGGAAAAUAAUGCUCAUAAAAUACAUUUUGAGAGUGGUGUUCGUACUGGUAUUGGUGCAUUUAAUUUGAUGAUCUCUCUAUUACCAGCGAAAAUUAUCAAACUCCUAGAGUUUAUUGGAUUUUCAGGUGAUAAGGAAUAUGGUUUGUCGGAAUUAGAAGCAGGAUACAGAGAAAGAAGAGGAUUACGGCACGUAUUGUGCUCCAUGUUUCUUUUAGCUUAUAACUUAAUAAUAUCAUUUGUUCUGAGUCAUACAGACGGUGAUCUAGACUGGUGUGAAAAAGUUUUAACAGAAGAACUGAGUCUUUAUCCAAACGGUGUAUGGUUUUUAUUUUUUAAAGGCAGACUAGAACUAACAAGAGGGAAUUUUGAAAAGUCAUUAGAAUGGUAUACUAGGUCUUGGAAAAGUCAAGAUCUAUGGCCUCAAUUUCAUCAUAUUUGUUUCUGGGAAUUAAUGUGGGCACAUUGUUCGUUGCAACAAUGGGAUCAAGCUGCAACAUUUGCAGAUACUUUAGCUACAGAAUCACAUUGGUCGCGUACAAUUUAUUUGUAUCAAAGGGCUACGAUACUUAUGAUGCGAAAACCACCGGCACAAAGUGAAGAGAAGCAACUGAUAGAUACCUUAAUGAUGCAAGCGCCUACUUAUAAGCAACGUAUUGCAGGGAAGUCAUUGCCAAUGGAAAAAUUUGUAAUAAAAAAAACUGAACGGUACUUUGCUCAAAAAAAGAAAUUAGUUCUUCCUAUAUUUGAACUUAUGUUUGUGUGGAAUCUGUUUCGCAUAGUAGGUAAACGACAAGAUUUGACAUUAAAUAUGUUUAAAGUAAUCGAAGACGCUGAAAAGGAACUUGCAAAAGCUUCCAAAACAGAAUAUCAUGCGGAUAAUGAAGGAUUGUUAUUGCUUCUAAAGGGUGCAUGCUUACGACAAAUGAAACAUCGUUUGUUAGCCGAAAAUUGUUUAAAACGCGUUCUUGAAUUGGACAAGUCAAUCAAAGAGGAUACAUAUUUACUUCCUUAUGCAACAGUAGAAUUAGCUUUGCUAGCACAAGAUCAAGGAAACAUUCAACUCGCUAUUGGAUAUCUAGAGGAUGCCAAAAAAUCAUAUACCGGAUAUCUGCUGGAAUCCAGAUUACAGUUUAGGAUUCAUUCUGAUUUAAUGAAAUUAACUGGAAAAAAGGCCGAAGAAAUUUUAGCAUAAUAGUACCUGAAAAAUAAUUUUUCUGUAUGAAAAUAUUCGUUACUGCCAAUAGCAUCACACUAUUGCAGAUUUGGGCACUAUUAAUUUUUGUUAAUAUUUUAUUUUUAUGUAUAAAUUAUUAUACAACCUUUAAUACUUUUUCUAGGACGAUUCAUGUUUAGCUAUGUCUAACGAUAAACUAUUUUAUUAUGUAGAACGUUUAAACCAUAUAUAUUUUUUGCUAAUUUUUACAUAUCGAAUGAAUAUCUUUAGCAAUAUUGAUUAACAAAUACCAUCUUUAUUGAUGAUAUUUAUUAACUAUUGUGCAUAUAUCUAAUUAGUUGAAAAGAUCUAGAAAAAGAUUUAAAGAUUGAAUUAUUUUUUUAAUUUAAAUUUUUUUCAUUGUAAGAUAUUAAGAAUUUGUAUAGAUAGUAUAAUGCGACAAUUUAAUUGGUGGUAGUAAAAAUCACUAUUGUUUAUGUGUAUAUGUUCUCCGACACACACGUUGUACUUGUAAUGUUUAAUAAAUUGCAACUCAAACAGAAUAUGAAAAGGGGCGAAAUGAAAAAAAUAAUUCAUCGCUGAUUAAAUUUGUUGCAAAGACAAUCGACUUAUAA